AUGAGGGCCGAGCUCCCCCGAGGUUUCAAACCACCUUCCUUUGAGGCUUAUGACAGGAAGACCAACCCCAACGACUAUAUUAGUUACUUCAAUGCGAUGAUGAUGGUAUACGGCGGGUCUGACGUCGUGUCAUGUCACCCUUUCCCAACCUCCCUGAAGGGACCGACAGCGCUCUGGUUUGCCAAGCUAAAGCCCAACUCCAUAAAAAGUUUCACGAAGCUAGCCAGAGCAUUAGUGAGCCACUUCCAAAGCAGUGUCAAGCAAAAGAAGAUGACCACGAACUUCUUAGCAGUGAAGCAGCGGCCCGAUGAGUCCAUACGGGACUAUAUCACUCACUUUAAUGGAGAAGCCCUGGAGAUCAAGGACCUAGAUGAUGGCAUGUCCUUCAAUGCCCCGCACAACGGGGUAACCAACCAUGACCUGGUGAAAUCGAUCGCCCUCAAACCGGUAACUACCAUGUCCCAACUGCUUGAUUGGUGCUAUCAGUAUGCCAACAUGUUUGACAUCAUGAAGGCGCGAAGAACAGCCGACCCCAAAGUGGCAGAGAAAAAGAGGACAAGCGAGAAAGAAGAAAAGAAAGAUACCAAGAAGACGAGGUCGGAUCGGUACUCAGACCGAGAUCAAAGCCCGAACUACACGCCCUUGAAUACCACCAAGACUAAGAUCCUAAUGGAGGUCUAUGAUCGGGGCUUGCUACAGUGGCCCAGACCAAUGUUCUCAAAGCACGAAGAAAGAAAUAAGAAGAAAUAUUACAAGUUCCAUCGAGACGUCGGUCAUGACACUGAAGAUUGCCGGCAGCUGAAGAGAGAGAUCGAGGACGUGAUCCAAAAGGGGCACCUACGGCGAUAUGUCAAGGAGGAUAGAAAAGAUAAUCCUCGGGGCCGAGAUGGUGCAGAGGGCAACCCUAAGAGGGAUGACCAACCCCGAGGAAGAGACGAGUGA